AUGUCUGUCCAGUUUUCUCCACAGGCACCCUGGAGGAACAACAACAUCAGUUUUCUGAGCAGAGAGGCAGCUGUAACAGAGCAAGGAGAGACUAUCAUAGGUUUCUACCUACUGGCUUUAGGUUGGCUGUCUUGGUUUGGAAACAGCAUUGUGAUUUUUGUCUUGUAUAAACAAAGACAUCUUCUGCAGCCCACCGACUACCUCACAUUUAACUUGGCAGUAUCAGAUGCUAGUAUCUCCGUGUUCGGUUACUCACGGGGGAUCAUUGAAAUCUUCAAUGUCUUCAGAGAUGAUGGAUUCAUUAUCACAUCAAUAUGGACCUGCCAGGUUGAUGGCUUCCUGACGCUUCUUUUUGGCCUGGCUAGCAUUAAUACACUUACAGUAAUCAGUGUGACUCGCUACAUCAAGGGCUGCCAUCCUGAGAGAGGUCACUGCAUCAGCAACAGCAGUAUGACGGUGGCUCUGGUUCUCAUUUGGAUAGCAGCUUUCUUCUGGUCAGCAGCUCCAUUAUUUGGCUGGGGCAGUUAUACAGAUCGCAUGUAUGGCACAUGUGAGAUUGAUUGGGCAAAAGCCAACUUCUCUACAAUCUACAAGUCCUACAUUGUCUCCAUUUUUAUCUGCUGUUUUAUCCUACCUGUAUCAGUUAUGGUCUUCUCAUAUGUGUCAAUUAUCAAUACUGUCAAGCUAAGCAAUUCAUUAACAGGACUGGGUGAUCCAACAGACAGACAGAGGAGAAUGGAGCGGGACGUCACCAGGGUUUCUAUUGUCAUUUGCACAGCCUUCAUUAUUGCAUGGUCACCAUACGCUGUCAUCUCUAUAUGGUCUGCAUAUGGUCACCCUGUGCCGAAUCUUACCAGCAUCCUUGCCAGUUUGUUUGCUAAGUCUGCCAGCUUCUACAAUCCCAUUAUCUACUUUGGAAUGAGCUCCAAAUUUCGGAGGGACAUUUUCAUCUUGUUCCAUUGUGCCAAGGAAGUCAAGGACCCUGUGAAGCUCAAACGUUUCAAAAACCUCAAGCAAAAACAACAAGAGCCUUCUCAGAAAGAAGAGAAGCAUGCAGGAGAAAUGCACCCUGCACCAAGCCCUGAUUCUGGGGUGGGAAGUCCAACCAAUACCCCACCUCCAGCAAACAGGGAAGAGUAUUUUGGUAUUCUUGAUACACCGUCUAAUAACCCUGAUAUUGAAUGUGAUAGACUGUAA